CCCCCGCCCCGCGGUGCCGGCGGCGGCGGCCAUGCUGCGGCCCAAGGCCCUGACGCAGGUGCUCAGCCAGGCCAACACCGGCGGCGUCCAGAGCACGCUGCUGCUGAACAACGAGGGCUCCUUGCUUGCCUACUCUGGCUAUGGGGACACUGAUGCCAGGGUCACUGCAGCCAUCGCCAGCAACAUCUGGGUGGCCUACGACAAAAACGGGCACCAGGCCUUCAAUGAGGACAACCUGAAAUUCAUCCUCAUGGACUGCAUGGAGGGGCGAGUGGCCAUCACACGGGUGGCAAACCUGCUGCUCUGCAUGUACGCCAAGGAGACGGUCGGGUUUGGGAUGCUGAAAGCCAAGGCACAGGCACUGGUCCAGUACCUGGAGGAGCCACUCACACAGGUGGCUGCAUCGUGAGCAGGCAGUGGAGAGCUCUGACAGCAUCACCAUCACCACCGUGGGCUGGGCAUGAGAGGCCCCACGGGCAUCCCAGAGCUCCAGUGUGGUCUGAAAAAUAAUGUGGCAGGAAUCCAGAAUCUGGGGUGAAUAAAGUGUGUUUGAUGCUUGUG